UACCCAGUGAGUCCUUCCAUGUCUCCAGUCUCGGAAUCCCAAUCCCUAUCCACGACUGAUCCAAAUCCCGGGUUUAAAGACUGCCUUGGCGGUGGAAAGAAAAAGCGGAGGCCCAAGAAGGGAGAAGGCUGGAUCACGUGGCGGGUGGGCUCCAGAGAGCCGGGGUGGGGGCAUUGGAGGGGAAGAAGGAUGGGGGUGGGGAAGUAGCCUGGGUCAGGCCCGCUUCGGACCUGCGUGCCUUGGGAAAAUCCCCGAAAAUGAGCCCGAAAACAAAAGACAACUCGGAAUUUCUGUGGUGACCGGUUACAUAACCAGGUUUCCCUGGGGCUCUUGGUCGACGUCCAGAGACAGGAACCGCCUCCGCCCCCGCCUCCGCACAGACGUGCCUGGCGUGUCUGGCCUUCUCGGCCAACCCCGUCAAAGCGCCCGAGCUGCCGGAACUCCGCCCCCUCCUGACCCACCUCCCCUUCCUUUCGUCCCCUCCCGCCACAGGGUGACGCACUGGUGACGCAUCUGAUAUAGCUGGGCUUCGCCGACGCCACUCCCAGUUCUCACUUCCGCUUCCUCCAAGUGCGGAUCUCCGUGCCUCCCGGAUUCCCUGAGCGAGGCGGUUUAGUGAAAAUGUUAGGCCCUUUUAAGAAGAACGCCGUCAUCGGCCUCAAUCUCUACUGCGGCGGGGCCGGCUUGGGCGCCGGCAGCGGCACUGGCGCUCCCCCGUCCGGUGGGCGCCUGCUGGCCUCUGGCAAAGGGACGGCAGUGGAGAGUUCCCCGCCGCAACGCGACGGAGAAGUCGAAGUAGGGACGGCGGCGGCGGCGGCGGCCACGGUGGGGUUAAUUGGCGGAAGCGGCGGCGCGAGUCCCCCAGACCCCAUGGUGCCGGGCGUCCGGGGGGUCGCGCGGCCUGCGCCCAUUGGCGCGGAGGCUCCCGACGUCACCGCCGCCCCGCCGAGACCGGUCUUCUUCGCGCCAGGCCGCCGCUCGUCGCCCACCGAGGUGGCAGACGGGGCGGCGGACGCCGUCAUGUCCCCCGAGGACGAGCUGGACGGUUACGAACCCGAGCCCCCCGGGAAGCGACCCGCCCGUCUGUCCGUGCUGGCCCUGGCCAGAGAGGGCGGGGACAGCCUGAGUAGCGCCCAGGGUUCGCUGCCCUCGACGCCUCCCCCGGCCGAGGAGGAAGAGGAAGAUGAACUGUACGGGCAGUCCUUGGAACUGAUCACCCGGUACCUUCGAGAGCAGGCGGUGGGCACCAAGGACGCCAAGCCCCUGCGCAGCGGGAAGGCCCUGGAGACCCUGCGGCGCGUGGGAGACGGCGUCCAGCGCAACCACGAGACGGCCUUCCAAGGCAUGCUUCGGAAGCUGGACAUCAAGAACGAGGAGGACAUUAAAGCUGUGUCUCGAGUAGUAACGCAUGUCUUCAGUGAUGGAGUAACGAAUUGGGGCCGAAUUGUGACUCUCAUUUCUUUCGGUGCCUUUGUGGCAAAGCACUUGAAGAGCAUAAACCAAGAAAGCUGCAUAGACCCACUGGCAGAAAGCAUAACAGAUGUCCUGGUCAAGACCAAAAGGGACUGGCUGAUUAAGCAAAAGGGCUGGGAGGGGUUUGUGGAAUUCUUUCAUGUAGAGGACCUAGAAGGUGGCAUCAGAAAUGUGCUGCUCGCCUUUGCCGGUGUUGCAGGAGUAGGAGCUGGUCUGGCAUAUCUAAUAAGAUAGCCUUGUAAGUGCAAUAAAUGACUUGUAACCAACUCCGAACACCAAAACUGCACACUUCUGCUGUGAAAUUAAAAGUAUUUAUGAAGCUGAACAUCAAGCCACCCAGGCUUAGAACAUCCGAGAAUCCUUCUGAGUACUAGCACUGAGGACUAGCAGGAAAAGGAAGUGAUAUUCUGCCACUUGGUAGAGCCAAAAGGGGACUUGGAUAAGAAUAAAUAGUAGUGAAAAACGUGCCCUGCUUCCGAGAACAGUCAUCAGAAAGAAGCAAAAUUGUCAGCAACAAGCAGAUCUUGGGGGAAGACCAGGGAGAGCUUUAGUAAUAGGGGUGAGAGACCUUUCUUCCUUCACAAAUAACAAUGGUCAGUAGACUUCCUAGUCAUAGAACUGCAUUAGAAAUCUCCCUUGAUAUCAGUAGUUUUACAAGGUUAAAAAAGCACUAACAACGUGGUGGGCUUAAGUUCUGCCUUCUGGAACUAUGACUGGAUCCUCUUUACAGUGUCACAGUGAAAGUGAUGUGGCUAGAGGUGUGAGGCAAAUUCCAAGUGUACCCAGGUGUACCCGAUCUCUUUUGUUUGACAUGGUUUGAAUGAUUUUAAGUUAUACAUAAGUAAUACUUAUGGAUGUUUGAGUUACAGUUAUCAACUUCUUAGAGCCUUCCCCCCAAAAAAAGAACAAAAAAAAGCAACUUGUAAAUGUGUUUAUACCUGUAAAAAUUGUAUAUAUUUUUACAGAAAUUUAUUUCUUUGAAAUGUUAUAAGCAGAGAUUCUGUGUUUAGGGUUUUUUCUGUAUCUUCUAAAAUUUGUCAUUUGUUUGGCCAGGUGAUUUAGAACCCUUGUUUUCUGUGUGUAACAUUUCUGAUCUUAACUAGUGAGAUAUUUUUGGUAUUCAAAACCAACUUGUGAUGUAUUCAAGGGCCGCACAGUUAUGAACCAACUUUUAAAACCCCCUUUGGGUUAUUUUCCUUGUGGAUAGGGCUUACUCUUUGAAGGAACCUGGGAUGGGGGAGGAAACGUGUAGUACACGAAAAGACUGAUUCGUGCAGCCUUCUUAAUAAUUGAGCCAAAGUAAUUUUUAGAACUUUUUCAUUGGGUUUUUGUUUUGUGUGUGUUUUUUCUUUUUCCUUUUUUUCUUUUUAUUCUUUUUUUAAUAGUGGCUUAUGACAUGCACAUAGACUCCAUUUGAGUUAUCCAUUUUUCAGUCAUUUCAUGUUACAAGUACAAUUCCUUUAUGGGCUUGGUUCUUAUUUAACAGAACUUUCUUAUGCUUUUCACCAUUUCUAAAUUUCUGUAGCAGAAAUUGUAUAGGAAAUAAUACAUCUGAGGCAAACUUGACCUUGUUUGCUUAAAUAAACUGCAAGUAAAUGUAAAGAAAGAUGAAUCUAACCAUGGUGCUAUUAUUAGGCUUGCUUGUCAAAUACAGGCUAAGGCCUAGUCUGUCAAUAAACAAAUGUUUGUAUAUUGUUUAAAAUUUACUAUUGCAAUGAUUCCCAAACUCUGCCAAAGAUACUCAGCUUUGGCCUCAGUCUGAAUUAGCAGACUUGCUUUUCCAUUUUUCUACCAAGUUACACUUUUCAAACAUUUGCUUUCUUGUUCCAGCCCUUCUGUAUAAAUAACUACAUGACCAAUCCCUCUUACUCUUCCUGCUCCUUUUGGGAUGUGGGCCUGUGGACUCUCACAUGACCUCAGAUGGUCCCUGUAGCCCCUUCUCAGUAGUGAACCUUCUUGUCUCCCAGUAUGCAAUUGGGUAGAGGCCGAGGGCUUGGUGGCUAUGUCUGCAAGAACAGGAAAGUCUUGGGCUGGUGCCCUUUAGCUUUGCUAAACCUGUUUUGAUUCAAAAAAAAUUUUUUCUCUCUCAAAGUCCCCUUGCUGUCAGGGCUUUUCAGAGGAGGGGAAAAGGUCUUGCUGUGGUUUCUUCUACAAAUGACCUUUUAAGUGGGGGAGUUUGUCUCCAAAGUCCUUUAGAAGGAGAAUGGCUGAAUCAUUUUGUCACCUUUCUGAAUUGUUUUCCACUAGGGGACUUAGAACUUUUUAAAGUGGUGAGUCCAGUGGAGUCAAGUUUGUAUAGAGGUGUUAAGCCUCAAAGAGCUAUUUAACUGUUAUUGGCCCAUCUGAAAACAACUGUGGUGGAGCCUGCUUAAUCUGAAAACUGCCGCUUUGUUGCAAUUUAACUAGACCUUUAGUCUAUGGACUUUGUAGAUAAAAUAAGCAUAAAUCAAGUUUGACUAAGAAUGUAAUAGGGAAGAAUGGCCUUGCCCCUCAUCUUUAAGCCAUAAGGUCUAAUGCUGGAGCUGUUUUUCCUCCUAGUUGUGUUUCUCAUUCUUAAUCAUAAUCCCACUUAUUUAUAUCAUGCACAUCAGAGGGACUAAAAGCACUUUAUAUAGUUUUUAUAGCUUCAAAAUCCAUAUAAAAGGGGCAGGGGAAAUCCUGCUUCCCCACUUUACAGCUGGGGAAAUUAAGGCACAAAAAGGGUGACUCACCCAAUAAACUACUAGUGGAGCUCAUUAUAAAGGUCUUAGCUCCCAGAUCGUCAUAAUACAGGGAUUCUGUUGGUAGAGUAAGACCACAGAUCAGAAAACUGGUCUGGUAUGGGAUGGGAAGGGAAAAGGGGGGAUGUGCUCCUGAGGAAGUAUAAGAAGAAGAGAACCUCAAUGCACUAAAGGCCUGGUCACUAUUACAUAGUUGAGGCCAGUGCUGAGAUGAGAAGGGAAGGGGCUGUUGUGGAAAAGAUGCUCAGAAGAACCCUCUGCAUUGUUUUCUUCUGCUUCACUCAGGGAAAAUUGUUGAAAUCCCUGGUCUAGGAUUCCCUGUAAAUCCACUUAUCUGGGGGGAGUACACCCUGCCUUUGCUUAGGCAUAAUGUUCCUCUUGAAGAGGUAGGCCAGGGAGGCUUAGGACCAACUGCAAAAUACAUGGGUUGUAAAAUCUAGUUUGUUUCUUAACUUCCUGUUUUUUCUGAGAAGAGAAUAAUAAAUCUUUUAUUUAAAUUCAA